AUGGCUGCAGGGCUGCUUGGCUCGGAAGACCUGCUAUGUAGCUGGGACCGUCUGCUGUGGGGCCUGACUUCCCGGGUCCUGAGGACGUGCCGAGGGGGACACCUUCGGGUCCUGCAGCUGAUGCUGAAACCAUGGUGCAUCUCCAGGGCUGUCUACCAGAUGACGGAGGGCCGUCGAUGUCAAGUACAUCUUCUCGAUGACCGGAAGCUGGAACUCCUAGUACAGCCCAAGCUUUUGGCCAAGGAGCUGCUGGACCUCGUGGCAUCUCACUUCAAUCUGAAGGAAAAGGAAUACUUUGGAAUAGCCUUCACAGAUGAAACGGGACACUUAAACUGGCUUCAGCUAGAUCGAAGAGUGUUGGAACAUGACUUCCCCAAAAAGUCAGGACCGGUGGUUUUAUACUUUUGUGUCAGGUUCUAUAUAGAAAGCAUCUCAUACCUAAAAGACAACGCUACCAUCGAGCUCUUCUUUCUGAAUGCUAAGUCCUGUAUCUACAAGGAGCUGAUUGAUGUGGACAGCGAAGUGGUGUUUGAAUUAGCCUCCUAUAUUUUACAGGAAGCAAAGGGAGAUUUUUCUAGCAAUGAGGUGGUGAGGAGUGACUUGAAGAAGCUGCCAGCACUUCCCACUCAAGCCCUGAAGGAGCACCCUUCCCUGGCCUACUGCGAGGAUCGAGUAAUUGAGCACUAUAAGAAACUGAAUGGCCAGACCAGAGGUCAAGCAAUUGUAAACUACAUGAGCAUUGUGGAGUCUCUUCCGACCUACGGAGUUCACUAUUAUGCGGUGAAGGACAAGCAGGGGAUACCAUGGUGGCUGGGACUGAGCUACAAAGGAAUCUUCCAGUAUGACUACCACGAUAAAGUGAAGCCGAGGAAGAUAUUCCAAUGGAGGCAGUUGGAAAACCUGUAUUUCAGAGAGAAGAAGUUUUCCGUGGAAGUUCAUGACCCCCGCAGGGCUUCAGUGACAAGGAGGACGUUUGGGCACAGUGGCAUCGCAGUGCAUACGUGGUACGCAUGUCCUGCUUUGAUCAAGUCCAUUUGGGCUAUGGCCAUUAGCCAACACCAAUUCUACCUGGACAGAAAGCAGAGUAAGUCUAAGAUCCAUGCCGCGCGAAGCCUGAGUGAGAUCGCCAUUGACCUAACCGAGACUGGCACGCUGAAGACCUCAAAGCUGGCCAACAUGGGGAGCAAAGGGAAGAUCAUCAGUGGCAGCAGCGGGAGCCUCCUGUCAUCAGGUUCUCAGGAAUCUGAUAGCUCUCAAUCGGCCAAGAAAGAUAUGCUGGCUGCCUUGAAAUCCAGGCAGGAAGCUCUGGAGGAAACGCUCCGCCAGCGACUGGAAGAACUGAAGAAACUCUGUCUUCGAGAAGCUGAGCUGACAGGCAAACUGCCCGUUGAAUAUCCCUUGGAUCCAGGGGAGGAACCACCCAUUGUUCGAAGAAGAAUUGGGACAGCCUUCAAGCUGGAUGAACAGAAAAUCCUGCCCAAAGGAGAGGAAGCCGAGUUGGAACGCCUGGAACGAGAGUUUGCCAUUCAAUCCCAGAUUACAGAGGCUGCCCGCCGCCUGGCCAGUGACCCCAACGUCAGCAAAAAACUGAAGAAACAAAGGAAAACCUCUUAUCUGAAUGCACUGAAGAAGCUGCAGGAGAUUGAAAAUGCCAUCAACGAGAACCGCAUCAAGUCUGGGAAGAAACCCACGCAGAGGGCUUCCCUGAUCAUUGCUGAUGGAAACAUUGCCAGUGAAGACAGUUCCCUCUCAGAUGCACUCGUGCUAGAGGAUGAAGACUCUCAGGUCACCAGCACACUGUCCCCCUUACAGUCUCCUCACAAGGGACUCCCUCCUCGGCCACCGUCACACAACAGGCCCCCCCCUCCGCAGUCCCUGGAGGGGCUCCGGCAGAUGCACUAUCCCCGCAACGACUAUGACAAGUCCCCCAUAAAGCCCAAAAUGUGGAGCGAGUCCUCCUUGGAUGAGCCUUACGAGAAGGUCAAGAAACGUUCCUCCCACGGCCAUUCCAGCAGCCACAAACGCUUUCCCAGCACGGGGAGCUGCGCCGAAGCCGGAGGGGGCAGCAGCUCCCUGCAGAACAGCCCCAUCCGCAGCCUCCCGCACUGGAACUCCCAGUCCAGCAUGCCGUCCACACCAGACCUGCGGGUCCGGAGUCCCCACUACGUUCAUUCCACGAGGUCCGUGGACCUCAGCCCCACGCGGCUGCACAGCCUCGCCCUGCACUUUAGGCACCGGAGCUCCAGCUUGGAGUCCCAGGGCAAGCUCCUGGGCUCGGAGAACGACACGGGGAGCCCCGACUUCUACACCCCACGGACUCGUAGCAGCAACGGCUCGGACCCCAUGGACGACUGCUCGUCCUGCACCAGCCACUCGAGCUCCGAGCACUACUACCCGGCGCAGAUGAACGCCAACUACUCCACGCUGGCCGAGGACUCGCCGUCCAAGGCGCGCGCGCGGCAGCGGCAGCGGCAGCGGGCGGCGGGCGCGCUGGGGGCGGCGAACUCGGGCAGCAUGCCCAACCUGGCGGCGCGCGCGCCGGGCGGCGUGUACCUGCACAGCCAGAGCCAGCCCAGCUCGCAGUACCGCAUCAAGGAGUACCCGCUGUACGUGGAGGGCGGCGCCACGCCCGUGGUGGUGCGCAGCCUGGAGAGCGACCAGGAGGGCCACUACAGCGUCAAGGCGCAGUUCAAGACGUCCAGCUCCUACACGGCGGGCGGCCUGUUCAGGGAGAGCUGGCGCGGCGGCGACGAGGGCGACCCGGGCCGCCUGACGCCGUCGCGCUCGCAGAUCCUGCGGACUCCGUCGCUGGGCCGCGAGGCCGCGCACGACAAGGGCCGCGCCGCCGUGUCGGACGAGCUGCGCCAGUGGUACCAGCGCUCGGCCGCCGCGCACCGCGAGCACAGCCGCCUGUCGCACACCAGCUCCACGUCCUCGGACAGCGGCUCCCAGUACAGCACCUCCUCCCAGAGCACCUUCGUGGCGCACAGCAGGGUCACCCGCAUGCCCCAGAUGUGCAAGGCCACGUCAGCUGCCUUACCUCAAAGCCAGAGAAGCUCAACACCGUCAAGUGAAAUUGGAGCGACGCCCCCGAGCAGUCCCCACCACAUCCUAACCUGGCAGACUGGAGAAGCAACAGAAAACUCACCCAUUAUGGAUGGGUCUGAGUCUCCAACUCACCAAAGCACUGAUGAAUAGAGGUACCGUAAGGGAAUGUUUGGUUCUCCUAGCCCUCCCCCCUUCACUGCUCAUGAGUUUGUGUGAUCUCAGACGUGCUGCAUGUGUGCCCCCUGCCCAUUUCGUAAUUUCCAGAAGGAAACUUCUGAAUGGUGUGGGAGCUGUUACUUUUAUGUCUUAUUUCUAGAUACCUGUGGAGCUCUGUUUAUAUGUAUGUGUUUACAUCAGAUGGUAGAUAUUCCCAAUGCUGUUCCCCAGAAAGGACCUCAGAGUAUGUUUUAGCCUUUUCCAGAUUCUGCGUACACACUGGCUUAGUGACCAUGGUUUAGUCCAUGGAAAGAAGAGCAUCCUGCAGUUUACAUUUCAAAGCACCUAAAGCACACCGAGUUGACCUAGUCCCCUGAAGAUCACCCAUGAUUUUAUCCAGCAGGGACAGACGUAUACUCUGCCAAAUGCCCUGCUUUUCAAAGUGUGGUCCAUGCAGGAGCUUUGCAAACAUCAUCGCCUGGGAGCUUGUUGGAAGGCCAGACUCCUGGGCCUCCUGAAUUUGAAUCUGCAUUUUAAUGAGAUCCCUGGGUGAAUCAAAUGCACCUUCAAAUUUGCGAAGGACUGCUACAGUGGGCUUAACACCUGGUCUGGUUGUGGCUCCUGGGGACCAGGAUCUAACUGGCAGAUGAAAUUUAAAUAGCAUUUCAAGAGUCAGCUAAAAAGAUAAGGAUACCAUUCAGAAGUGGAAACAAGUUGUAAGCUUACUCAGCCAAAAAAUGGAACCCUGGCUAUGUUCCCCGAACCAUGCUUGAGACCAGAGUUCAAGUUCAAAUCCGCAACUUGAAAAAUUGAACAGGAGCCAUACAAGGAGAGUAAAGAAGUGCAGGACUUCUGUAUUAACUACUCUGAAACUUUACAGCAUCCCAAGGGGAGUAGGAGGACUCUGGCUUCAGGGAGACACCUCUAGAACUGGCUUCCACGGCCUGGCGUGGGGUUGAGGAGGCAGGUAGGGGUGUGGAGAGGACAUUCCAGGGGCAAAAAGAUGCAGCAACAGGCAGAGGUGUUCGGUAAACAGCAAAAAGCUUCAUUUUGCUAUAGAGAAAGAGCCAGAUUUCUCCCUUAAAAAGUAGGGUAUGCCAAGAUCCUGAACAAAUUAGGUGAGAGACCUGGAACAGUUUUUGUUGAAAGUCACCCGAGUUGGCUGAUGAAGGAUUAGGAAAACAGGGGCUUAGCCUUCCAGAGGAAGAUGGUGUUCAAAAAACAAAAUUCAACUGAGGAAAUAAAUCUGAAAGACACUAUUGGCUUUAUUCACCAAUUCAUGAAUUGGGCAGCAUCUAAUCCGGCAGGUCAAAGGGAGCUCAGAGGAGCUAAUGAGACUUUUACAGGCAGAAGGGAGCAGGAACAAGGGACAAAGUCACUUUUCUUUAGGGCAUGACAGGGGUCUAUCAGGCCCAUGACCUAACUCGGGCUGACCAGGUGACUGACGGGUUUAAGACUCCAUUUCUGGAAGAUCUGAUACUCAUUAAGUCAGAUCUCAGUUUGGUGAAAUGGGUCUUAGCAUCAAUGACUCCAUUUCAGGCCUAUUUUCUGGUUUUUAACAGUUCCUGUGGUUUUGUUUUUGUUUUUGUUUUUUUGCUGAAUCUCUGCCUGGUAUUCACAGGUUCAUUCUUCAUGUUGGUCUUUCUCUUUGUUCCUUUUCUCAAAUUCUGUUCUUAGAGAGAGCCUUUGCUGGGUGGUUUAAAGCUUUUGAGAGGAAAACGUGCAUCACUGAGUCAUUAUUAGAGCAGAAUAACGCCCACUGUCUAGAGAGUACUUCAGAGCCAUGGUCCCCAGGACCCAGACAUAUGUUCAAGACCCCACUGAAGGAGUCCCUUUCUUAGCCAGCUGGCUUGCAUACCGAUCAUGUGUAGGGGAGUCUCGGCUUCCCCAGAAGCAUCUGUCCAAGAGCAGCAAGUGCUGUUGGCCGCGGCACAGCCUCCGCUCAAAGAUAACUGAGGGCUCUCCGAUCAUCAGAACGACUUUGGCAGGGAGCCUAAGAACUUGUGAGGUGCAGCUCUUGCUCUAGCAGUCGAUUCUGCACCAGCUGCGAGGGUGAAGGAGAGGUCCCCAAGUGCAGCCUCGCUUGCACUUCUAUCUGGGGGGCGUGUAGGAUCUUGCAAGGGAGGUGAACUUUGAAUUAUGAAUGCUUCCUUCUCAUUCCCAACUGAAUGGGCUUAGGGCUCAGAGGAGGGCAGCCUUGGAGGCCAGUAAAACUCAGUCUGUAGAUCCCACAGGAGGUUUUAUAUGGUUACCCUUGCCUUGCGUCCCUUUCUUUGGCCAGACCUUGGAUGCAAAGUUGCCUGGGACUGGGGUUCUUCACUAGGGACUGUGACCUGAGACAGAGGGGCCGGGUUUGGCCCAGAGAAGCUGAAGCAUUGGCAGUCAGGCAGAAGCCUGAGACAGGCAGAGCUACAGGAGCAUUGUCUUCUCGGGCCAGGAAAGAGGUGGACAAAAGAAUCAAAGACCUUCACGGAGUAAGACUUAGGGAAGGAUGGUCAGAGAGGGAAGGAGGAAUGGAAACCCCACACCUUGGGAAAAAGCUGUCAACCUGGAUGUCCCCCGUGUCUCUUCCUAGGCAAUUUGAUUUUGAGGCCUCCUGCUUUUGCACUGGACCAGAAGUCAGAUGGAGCUUUCUCAGUCAUAAAAUGUGCACCCAGGGCUCAACCCCUUAUGAUUUGGCAGUAGUGUCAGGGGUCGAGCGUUCUUGGUAGGGUUGUUUUCCAUGAGUCUGUUUUGUAAAAUCAUCAGAGUAAAACAAACAAGUGGCUGUAAAUGACUAAACACAUAAAAGUGUUCAGGUCUGAGUUCAUUCAUUAUAAUGGAAUUGAUAAGGAUAUUUGGUUACUUCUAUGAUACGCAAUAUUUAAAGAUAAUAACUAGAAUUAGGAAUAACAUUAUACCAGGACAUACCAGAUUUCUAGAAACUUCAUACAGUUUCAAGACCAUUUAUAUUAAUAACAUCUAUACAAAUACUCUAAGAACGUUUUUAUCACUUAUUUGACAAAGCUUCCCAUGUAAUUUAACAUAGCAAGUAAACCUAAUUAGUGUAACAUCUUUUAUAAGGUGAAAGACAAAUCCUUGGAGAUUUUCCAGGGACAGUCUAGGGAAAUCUCAAAGUUACUUUCAGGUCAGAAAGACACCAUUGUUGGUUAUGGGAAGUUGUCAAAACAUCAACAGGUUUGAAGACAGGAUCACGGAUCCUUAUGAAAGAAUUAUCUACCUAACCAGAGUGACAAAGGCGAAUAAUAGUCGUGAACAAAUAGUUGGGUCUAUUAAUAUUGAGAAGAUCAAGUUUUCUUGAUAAAGACCACAGGAAGCAUGGUAAAUUAUUUUGCUAAGACACAAAAUCUUUGCUGUCCAGGCAGAUGACUUAAAAGGUGAAGAAUCCUUCAUAAUUGCUUAUCAAAAGCAGACCAAAAGUCCAAGAAAACUUUGUCCUUUUAACAGAAAACCAAAUUCUGUUUUUGCACCCGUGUACUUUUGAUAUUAAAACUCAUUUAAAAACUUAAAUAAGUCCAUUCCCAUCUUAGCCAGCUUGACCACACAUCACAUUCCCUUCCCAAGAUCCCUUUCCCACAAGCCGCUUAAAUUUUUUUAGAUCCAUUCAGAUUUUGUUCCUUAUUUAUUUAUUUUCCCUCAUUCUGGAAGAACCAGUCAUUUUAUUUCCCUUGCCUACUCUUCAUCCACAGUUGUUUCCUUUUAUUAUUUCUAAUUUUAGUUACACAUAGGGAUGAGAAUUCCUCAUUCCUAGUAAAAACUAAAAAGCAACUGUGAACUGUUUACACCAACUUUCUGUGGAUUGACAAACUUAUGUAGACACUUCAUGAUUUCUAGAAGUAUAUUCUUCCUCAUGGCACAGAACUUAUUUACUAAGAGACCCAAAUAUCUUUAGGCCCUCUGUAAAAGGAAGUGAGAAGUGGAUGAAUCUGUGUUCAGUAAUUAACAAUUCAUUAUUUUAUUUGGAAAUUGUCUAGAUACCAUUGGAAAGUCCAUCCUUUAACUGUAGCUUUAAGGUUUCAACUUACCAAAAAGAUUUUGGAAACUAUUUUCUACGUAGACCUAACAUAAGCAUAACAAUUAUUGAAAAGUUCAUUUAUAAACCUUUAUCACUUUUAUCUAUUUAAUUAUCUUGUUAACAAUUUUUAGAUUACUCAGUCUCAUGAGCAUUAGAUAUCAGAUUAUCUUUGUGGUGACAAAUUCUGUAACAGAACAUGAGCUUAUAUGACUUUUAGUUAACCUAGGAAGGAAAGAAGUAUUCUAUUUCAUGCUGUUAACUCCAAAGACAUGCCUAUUUUAUUUAAACUAACCAACUUAAAUUAGCUUUUAUUAAGAUUACAUUAGAUCCCAUGAACUUGAAAGAAAUUUGGGUCUUUAUUAUUCUGAGAGUACACAUAAUUUGUAUAGCCCUUGUUUGUCUUUAAGCCAAUUAAAUGGAGCUCUUGACAAAUUAAUUUUGGUAAUACCUCCAGAGGAGAGAAGCUCACACCUGUGUAACUUGCAUGCACAGACGUACAAAAUCAUAGAAACAAAGACCUUACAGCUUUUGUUUUAAAUUUUUUAGCUAUGAGACCGGGAAAUAAUGCAAAACCCACCAGUUUAAAAAAGAACGGUUGGAUCCAAAUUGUGCUUUUGGCAAAAGGUUAAGAUGACAGGCUGACAUGGCUUAAACUUUUCACAUGUUUGUGAAGACAAGAUUUUUCAUUUGCUUAGUUUCAAAAUAACCUUUCCAGCCCCACUCCCCGGGCUCCUUUUCCCUUUUUUUCUGCCCCUUUUCCCUUUUGAUAAGAAUAACCUGGGUUCCUAGAGAAGACCAUACAGAACACUUACAUCGCGACGGCACAGAGGAAGCACAAGUUCCUCCAAGACGGAGUUUUAUUGUCCUGAGGCCAGAAUUUCACGGUAACUCUAAGCCUAUUGAGAUAGAUGGGAGAGUUUGGGGCUUGGUAAAAAUGCUAGGCUGGCUCUGAAUUGCUUCCACUCGAAUCGCUGCACAUCUGUUCUUAUAAAAGACUCAAUUCCUAAGAAAUCAGGGAAGCCGACUCUCCUUUGCCAGCUUCUGCCACUUUUCCUGGGCCCUCUCCGGUAGGCUCCUAAGCAAGUGGCACUUGAAGUAGAGCAUAUAGCCCUGGUAUCUUCCAGAAUUGGACAAGGCUUUCCAUGAAUUUCAGUUGUAGUUUUCUGUUGGCUGUUUCAUGGAGUAACCAGUAGCAGGUGACCAGAAAACCCCUCAGAGUCCUGUCAACUAUGAGUAGGGCUCCUGUGCAGGCCCACCUUUGGGGCCAGUAACAGGGCAGACUUUUGCUUACGACCAUGUGGUCUCUCCAGAGUGGAAAGGCACUUCAGAGGAUUAGUUAGAUCAUAAGUACUCAGAGUAAAAGAGGUUAAAGGCAAGUAGUAAGACCAUGUCAGUCUUACCAUCUUUGGUUUUAGCUUCCUCUUCUUUCAUUUUUCAUUAUCCUCUUGGAGUGACUGUUUUAAUGAAGCUAUUUUGGAAUCAUGAAGCCUUCUGGAGCCUUCCACAUGCCAGUGAAAAAAAGUAGUUCAUCCAGUUUCAUUUGGCAAACCUUGCUUUCAGGUUCACUUAAAUGAAUGAACUUGUCUAACUGGAAUGUUCCCAAUAAUGUCUAACAACCUCAAUAAGGAGGCCCACUGAGGCAAGCUCAAAUUACCGGAAAUUGAGUUUAUUUGGGAAUGGCGGAAAAAUUCAGUUUGGGAAAUGCAGGCUGUAGCAAGCUACAGGUGGGCGCUGAGGGCUUGGGGCCACCUGGAUUUGCAGAGUGCAAAGAGGGAGAAGUCUAGCCAGAGUGUAAACACAUUCAUGGGCUGGAGGACAGGAGGAGAUCCUAAGCAUAUGUUCGCUGGUUAGGCAGUAAGUCUCAGUCUUCUGUAAGUCGGGCAUUUAUGGAAAAUCAGUCUCUGAGUUCUGAGGGCACAUGCAUGAGAUUCUUUAAUUUCCUAUUCUCUGGUUUCAUUUUAGAUUGAAAUCCUUUCACAUUCUCCACCCUUGCUGAAGAUCUUUUGCAGAAAGCAUUGCUGAUCAACCAUGUUGUUUAGGCAUUAUUUUCCCUUUUUUUUUACCUUGAGUCCAAGUCCCUUGGAGCCGAGGAAGACCAUCCUCAAGUGUCUUGUGCCCCAGAGGAGGGAACUGGAAAGUGGAUCUCAUUGGCCCCAUUUGAACAAGCAGCAACGUCAAAAACCAGACCAUGCGUAUUGGCAGGGGUCAGGGAAGUUCAGAAGGGCGUGGAUAGAAUUGGCUUUCCUUUGCUGAUUUAUGGGAAGAGCGUCAUUUGUGUAAGGAUAGCUUAUGUUUCCUUAUAAGAACCUGCAUUGAUGGUCUCCGUUUUGUCCUUGACAUAAUUCCAUCUUAGUUUGGUUCUACAUUUCCCCUUUUUGAUCCAGCAGUCACCCAGUACACAUUGCCAAGUGUUUUUUGCAUGGACUUCGCCUUUUGAUGAAGGUUCUUCACAUUGUUUCUUUUUCUUCACCAUGCCAUGAAUGGACCCCUUUUUCAGGGUGAGAGCUGCUUCAGGAAGAGCAGCAAGCAAAAGGCCACACUUGAGCAACUUCUAACACUAGGUCAAAGCAGCAGGUCAAGGCAAGGAGACUUUGUCAAGGGUAUACAUGUGAGACAUUUGCUUCCCCAAGGCUUUGAAAUGCUCUCAAGUUUGUUAUUUUUACAAAAUUAAAAAAAUCACACCACAAAAUGACAGGAUAGAAAGACCCAAUUGUAGCGUAGAUUUAAGCCAUAAACCUAAUCUUUUUGGGAAUCAGCUGAAUGAAUCAAAAUGUCAAGAUGAGUCAGAUUGGACUUCCAGUGUCCAACUGUUGUAACCAAUGGGAACCUCGAUGUCCCCAGAAGUGUUAAUCCAAGUCUGAGUGUUGAUUGAUUAUGACGCAUAUGUCCUGUUCAGCUAAGGCUGAAGGGCUGGCUGACGAUCAAAGACAAUCCUAGGUAGAGAAUCUAGGGAGUUAUGCUGGGUGGCUUUGGCCUGAGCAUUAGAGUUGGCAGUGGCUUGAUGGAUUAAAGCGAAGUUUGGGGUCCUGUCCUCAUUUGCACCCACUCCUAACCAGGGAAAUAGGGAUCGUGAAUGCUUCCCGGUUUCCUCUAACUUGACAGUGUAAAUUCAGGAGAGUUGAGCAGUGAGGUGGCUCAGUUUGGCUGUGGACAGUUAGGGGUACAGUGAGAGAACCGAAGAGAUAUUGCCUGCAUGUAUGCCAGUCUGGGCACUCGUAGGUCCAGGAGAGUGAUGACCACCCCGGACAAAGAGGAAUCCUAUUGGGGCACAGACCACUCCUGCUAAAACAGCAUUGUUCUGUUGGUUUUAAAGAUUGUAUUCAUUUGAGAGAGAGAGUGCAUGAGCAGGGAGGAGGGGCAGAGGGAGAAGGAGAAGUGGACUCCCUGCUGAGCAGGGAGCCCAUCGUGGGGCUCAUCCCAGGACCUGGACAUCAUGACCUGAGCCAAAGGACAUGCUUAACUGAUUUAGCCACCCACGCAUUCCUAACAGUCUCUUCAGCACUGUUAAUACAGUGACUCGUUUGUAUAGAUUGUCACAUUUGCUUGUUCAAGCCCAGAGUCAGUUAGGUUUUAGGCACAUUCAGGAAGCCAAUCUCCUAACCUUGAAAUAAAGAGUGGCUCUAAAUUCCUUGCAAAAGCAGGUGCUGCUUCUGGUGAAAAUUCUUUGUGAUCAGGGGUAGAUCUGAUUUAGAUAAUCAUAAGAACAUGGUGAUGCCAAUGUACAGUGGUGAGCAGACGUAUCUGUAUCUAAUGCCAGAUACAGGUAUCAUCAGAGAAAGAUAAAAACAAGGUGCUGGGAAGCCUGACUUUAAAGAAGUUUAUAUAAACUGUCGUGGGGCAGGGGGUGGGGGGCCUCCAUCAUCAUGGACAGAUCAGUUUUCAAAGGCAAAUCCAGCAGUCUGAGAGGUUAUCUCCCUUGGCAAUUGCCUGGGAGGUACAGGGGAGGGUACAGUCUUUCCAAGUCAAGGAGCAACAGGAAAGAGCAAACAAGAGGAAGAAAAACACAGAAGUGGAGGAGUCUGAUGAAUUUUUGCCCAUCAUUUCAUGGUAAAGGAGAACCAGUGAUACAGGCCUGGUCCGACAUCUUGGGAGAGCAGGCUCCAUCCGAUGCAUCGGCUGCUGGCACCAGAGAUCUUAAGUUUGAGAGCACCAGUGAUUUCGCAGCUCCCUUCAGGUCCCGUGAGUCUGUAAUCGGGACAGAUGAAUCCAGGGGCAGAUGCAGGAAUUGGUGAGCAGCAAGCUCCUUUCAACCUAGGGGAGAGGGAGUCCUUUACCUGAUAUCUCCUGCAGUGUGAGUAUUCUCCAGGACGUGGCUCAUGAAGGGACUCGGAGGUCAGGGUGUGUUGUUUUGUUUUUUAUUUAUUUAUUUAUUCAUGAGAGACAGAGCGGGAAUGAGAGAGAGGCAGAGGGAGAAGCAGGCUCCAUGCAGGGAGCCAAUGUGGGACUCGAUCCUGGAACUCCAGGAUCCCACCCUGGGCUAAAGGCAGGCGCUAAACCGCUGAGCCACCCAAGAAUCCCCCCAAGGUGUAUUCUUGUUCAGCAUAAGCUUCUUGAACUUGUGUCAGAUAUUUCUGGCAACAGAGUAAGUGGCAAUAUUUUAAUAGGUCUUAUUGGACAAUUGGAGAGUCAGAGUACAGGGAAGGAGGCAGAUGCGUGGAUCUGCCAGUUACCAUUCUGUAGGGAGCAAACUUUUCAAAAGGAUAGGACACUAGAUGCAAAAGGACCAGUCACAGCAUCUUGGUCCAGAGAAAUUCCAGAAGUUUCCUAAUGGAAUUUUAAUGACACCAUUAGUCCUUUCUUCUCGUCCUGGGGAGUGAAGAUGAUAAGGCAUAUUGCCACAGAGGAAGGACUGUACGCGCUCUGGGAUUACUGGGCCAGGAAGGUGACCGCACAAAACUGGGGGGGGGGGGGUCACCCUGAUGGUGUUCUCAAAUAAUUUUUUCGAUACAAAACUGGCAGUGGUUUGUUGACAAGGAAAGCUGCUACCCAGUGAGAAACAGAGACCAUGACCGAUACGUAUUUGUUCACUUAAUUACGUUUACGCUAAUCAUGAAACUUCUCAAGACAUUAAAGUACCUUCCUUGCUAACAAGUUUGGUAACAGAGAUAACAUGAAUUCAAAUCACUAAAAGCUGUAUCUCUAUGUUACAUUUAAUGCUGAUAACAAAGGCAUUCCUACUUUAAACCUACAAACUUGAACUAGCUUUUACUUAGGAUUAUCCUAGAUCAUAUGAAUUUGACAAAUAUGUGGCUUCUGUAUUUGUGACAGUUUAAUAAGUCAACUUAAUAAGCCAAUUAAUUAAAACUUUUACAAAUUAACUUUGGCAGCACCAUCCAGAGAUAGAAAAAUGUCACCAUUUACAACAUGCAUGCCUAGACAUAGAGAUCUCACAGCUUUCAUUUUAAGUUUUAGUCAUGAGACCAGUAUGAACGUGCAAAACUGACUAGUUUACAAAAGAACAGCUGGAUCCAAAUUACAUUUCUGGAAACUGGAAAAAAUUAAAGUUACCUGCUUAGGUGGCUAACACAGUUGUGGAGAAGACAUUUAAGA